AUAAAACACACCACAGAAAUCACCUGCUGAUGACACCAGGAAGUUUGCCAUUUCCGCGCACGCGUUGUCUGCAGGGAGAAGCUAGCUGAUCUGCCUCCACCACACAAAGCUACAACUAGCCUAGCAUGGUAGACUUUGAAAAACAUAUAGCUAUAAAAUAUUGCGUAUCUAGAAUGUUUCAAACGCAGUUUUACAUUGUUUAGCAAAAAUAACUGAUGGUGAAAUGAACGGCUGAGAUACGAUUCGUUGCAUUUAGUGGAAGCAUGGAAAUGAAAGAGUGGGAUCUCCAGACAGCACCAUGAAGCAGUCAGUGAUAACUCUAGGUCCAAGGGAACUCUGAUCUCUAACCAUUACUUUGAUCACCCGUCCUGAGGUGCGUACAUGGGAUUCCCAUCAAUAGCAUGAAAUAUAAGCAUUCCUAUCAACAUCUGCUGGAAAGGUUAAGUGUUAAAGCUGCUGCUGAGGGGGAAGCUGGCCAUGUCACAUGUCCCUCCUCCACCAGGGGACAUGUCUACUGGACCUGUGGCAGAGAGCUGGUGUUACACACAGGUGAAAGUAGUGAAGUUCUCCUACAUGUGGACCAUCAACAACUUCAGCUUCUGUAGAGAGGAGAUGGGGGAGGUCUUAAAGAGUUCCACCUUCUCCUCUGGACCCAACGACAAGAUGAAAUGGUGUCUGAGAGUCAACCCAAAAGGACUGGAUGAUGAAAGCAAAGAUUAUCUGUCGCUGUAUUUACUACUUGUUAGUUGUCCAAAAAGUGAAGUCAGAGCAAAGUUCAAGUUUUCCUUAUUGAACAGUAAAAGAGAAGAGACUAAAGCUAUGGAAAGCCAAAGAGCCUAUCGGUUUGUCCAGGGGAAGGACUGGGGCUUUAAGAAGUUCAUUAGAAGAGAUUUCCUGCUUGAUGAAGGCAACGGGUUGUUACCUGAUGACAAGCUCACCCUGUUCUGUGAGGUGAGUGUGGUUCAGGACUCUGUGAACAUCUCUGGCCAGUCCAACAUCAACAUGCUGAAGGUACCAGAGUGCCAGCUGUCCGACGACCUGGGGAACCUGUGGCAGUGUUCCCGCUUCACUGACUGUUCCCUCUAUGUGGGGGGGCAGGAGUUCAAGGCACACAAAUCCAUCCUAGCAGCGAGAUCUCCCGUCUUUAGCGCCAUGUUUGAACAUGAGAUGGAGGAGAGUAAAAAGAACCGUGUGGACAUCAGUGAUGUGGAGCCAGACGUGUUUAAGGAGAUGAUGGGAUUCAUCUACACAGGGAAAGCUCCCAACCUGGACAAGAUGGCCGACAACCUGCUGGCAGCUGCUGACAAAUAUGCCUUGGAGCGUUUAAAGGUGAUGUGUGAAGAGGCUCUGUGCACCAGCCUCUCUGUGGAGAACGUGGCUGAUACCCUGAUCCUGGCGGACUUACACAGUGCCGAGCAGCUCAAAGCACAAGCCAUAGAUUUUAUCAACAGGUGCAGCGUCCUCCGACAGCUGGACUGUAAAGAUGGGAAAAACUGGAAUAGCAAUCAUGCCACGGACAUAAUGGAGACGGCAGGCUGGAAGUCAAUGAUCCAGUCCCACCCUCACUUAGUGGCCGAGGCCUUCAGAGCCUUGGCAUCGGCACAGUGCCCGCCCUUCGGCCUGCCGAGGAAACGCCUAAAACAGUCCUGACUGCUACAGCCCUCUGAUCCAGACUGAGAGCUGAGGCAGCCCACUGAUCCAGACAGAGAGCUGAGACAGCAUGGAGACCCUCCCCCCGAGCAGGGAUGAAAAGAGCUGGGAGGCUACCUGGCUGGGAGGCUGACUCCUACUGGUGGAAAGAAACGUUUGGUUUUGGUCCUCAAGUUUUGUCUGCUAUUUUUGUCAUUUCAAAUGGCCUUAAUCUAUCUGCCAUUACUCUGGAGCUGAUCUACUGUGUUCUCCCUAUUUGAUUCUGUGGCUGCCCCGUCCCACAGACCAGGCUGCCCCGUCCCACAGACCAGACUGCCCCGUCCCACAGACCAGACUGCCCCGUCCCACAGACCAGGCUGCCCCGUCCCACAGACCAGGCUGCCCCGUCCCAGAGACCAGGCUGCCCCGUCCCAGAGACCAGGCUGCCCCGUCCCACAGACCAGGCUGCCCCGUCCCACAGACCAGGCUGCCCCGUCCCACAGACCAGGCUGCCCCGUCCCACAGACCAGGCUGCCCCGUCCCACAGACCAGGCUGCCCCGUCCCACAGACCAGGCUGCCCCGACCCAGAGACCAGGCUGCCCCGACCCAGAGACCAGGCUGCCCCGUCCCACAGACCAGGCUGCCCCGACCCAGAGACCAGGCUGCCUCCAGAUUGCACUAGUUCCCAUAGUAAUUUUGAUAUGGAGUUCUAUAGGGACGUGUUAAGGGUUUGAUUAAUGGGAAAUAUAUAUUUGUAAUGUCUAGCCCAUUUUGUGACUAGACAUUAAAGCGUGAACACUUUCAGUGCAAGAUCAAUUCUUUACACUUUUUAAAAGAUGAGUAUGCCCCAUAUUGAUGGCACCAUUUCUAUGUAAAUGACAGUUUAACCAUCUUCAGAAGACCGGUUUUAAAGCAAGUCUGUUCUAUUUUCUGGCAUUUGAGACCCUGUGUUGAUGCUGUUAUUGUAUGUAAGACAAACAUGUCUAUACUCUCUGCCUCUGAACUAGUCACACUCGCUAUUGGAUGAAUAGGAAAGGCAAUUUCCCCAGACAGUCUCCCAUUGGACGAUCACUUAUGCAAAGACCAACCUAGUGUCUUCAGACAGUCUUCAUACCCCUCAACUUAUUCCACAUGUUCUUACAGGCUGCAUUCAACAUGGAUUAAAUCGCUUGUUUUUUUUCUCACCCAUCUAGUCACAAUACCCCAUAAUAACAAAGUGAAAAUAUGUUUUUAUAAAUGUUUGUAAAUGUAUUAAAUUAAAUAUCUAAUUUACAUAAGUAUUCAUACCCCUGAGUCAGUACUUUGAAGAAGCACCUUUGGGUAUGUCUGGAUCAGCUUUGAGUCGUCUUGAUUUGGGGAUUUGCUCCCAUUAUUCUUUGCAGAUUUUCUCAAGCUCUUAAGUUAGAUGGAGUAGCGGUGAACAGAAAUCUUUGUCUUUUCACAUAUUUUCAAGUCUGGGUUUUGGCUGGGCCACUGACAGACUUUCACAUUUUUGUUCUGAAGCCAUUCCAGUGUUGCUUUGGCUGUAUGCUUGAGGUCAUUGUCCUGUUGGAACAUAAAUCUUUGCCUCCAGUGUAAGGUCUUUUGCACUCUGAAACGGGUUCUUAUCGAGUCUUUGGCUCCAUUCAUUGUUCCCUCCCAGUCCCUUCUGCUAAAAAGCAUCCCCAUAGCAUGAUGUUGCCACCACCAUUCUUCACGGUAGGAAUAGUGAUGUUGCCACCACCAUGCUUCACGGUAGGAAUAGUGAUGCUGCCACCACCAUUCUUCACGGUGGGGAUGGUGAUGCUGCCACCACCGUGCUUCACGGUAGGGAUGGUGAUGCUGCCACCACCAUGCUUCACGGUAGGAAUAGUGAUGCUGCCACCACCAUUCUUCACGGUGGGGAUGGUGAUGCUGCCACCACCGUGCUUCACAGUAGGGAUGGUGAUGUUGCCACCACCAUGCUUCACGGUAGGAAUAGUGAUGCUGCCACCACCAUGCUUCACGGUGGGGAUGGUGAUGCUGCCACCACCGUGCUUCACGGUAGGAAUAGUGAUGCUGCCACCACCAUUCUUCACGGUGGGGAUGGUGAUGCUGCCACCACCGUGCUUCACGGUGGGGAUGGUGAUGCUGCCACCACCGUGCUUCACGGUAGGAAUAGUGAUGUUGCCACCACCGUGCUUCACGGUAGGAAUAGUGAUGAUGCCACCACCGUGCUUCACGGUAGGGAUGGUGAUGCUGCCACCACCGUGCUUCACGGUAGGGAUGGUGAUGCUGCCACCACCGUGCUUCACGGUAGGGAUGGUGAUGCUGCCACCACCAUGCUUCACGGUGGGGAUGGUGAUGCUGCCACCACCGUGCUUCACGGUAGGAAUAGUGAUGCUGCCACCACCAUUCUUCACGGUGGGGAUGGUGAUGCUGCCACCACCGUGCUUCACGGUGGGGAUGGUGAUGCUGCCACCACCCUGCUUCACGGUAGGAAUAGUGAUGUUGCCACCACCGUGCUUCACGGUAGGAAUAGUGAUGAUGCCACCACCGUGCUUCACGGUAGGGAUGGUGAUGCUGCCACCACCGUGCUUCACGGUAGGGAUGGUGAUGCUGCCACCACGUGCUUCACGGUAGGGAUGGUGAUGCUGCCACCACCGUGCUUCACGGUAGGGAUGGUGAUGCUGCCACCACCGUGCUUCACGGUAGGGAUGGUGAUGCUGCCACCACCGUGCUUCACGGUAGGGAUGGUGAUGCUGCCACCACCGUGCUUCACGGUAGGGAUGGUGAUGCUGCCACCACCGUGCUUCACGGUAGGAAUAGUGAUGCUGCCACCACCGUGCUUCACGGUAGGGAUGGUGUAAGACGGGUGAUGUGUCUGGUUGUCUCCAGACAUAGAGCUUUGUAUUCAGGCCAGAGUUACAUUUUUUGUCUCAUCAGACCACAUAAUCAUUUGCCUUAUGCUCUGAGUCUUUCACAUGCCUUUCUGUAUACUCCAGGUGUGUUAUGUGCCUUUUUGUAUACUCCAGGUGUGUUAUGUGCCUUUCUGUAUACUCCAGGUGUGUUAUGUGCCUUUCUGUAUACUCCAGGUGUGUUAUGUGCCUUUCUGUAUACUCCAGGUGUGUUAUGUGCCUUUCUGUAUACUCCAGGUGUGUUAUGUGCCUUUCUGUAUACUCCAGGUGUGUUAUGUGCCUUUCUGUAUACUCCAGGUGUGUUAUGUGCCUUUCUGUAUACUCCAGGUGUGUUAUGUGCCUUUUUGUAUACUCCAGGUGUGUUAUGUGCCUUUUUUUCAGGAGUGUUUUUCCGUCGGGCCACUAUCCCAUAAAGUCCAGAUUGGUGAAGUGCUGAUGCGGUUUAUCCUAAAUCAGCCAAGGAAAUCUGUAGUUUUGUCAGUGAUCACUUCCCUGACCAAGGUCCUCCUUGCCUGGUUGGUCAGUUUGGUCAGACGGCCAGCUCUAGACAGAGUCUGGGUAGUUCCAUAUAUACUGUUUUAUUUCCCAGUGAUGGAGACCACUGUUCUCUUCAACCUGUCAACACUCUAGAAAUUGUUUUAUUCUCUAACCCCAAAUUCACUGAGUAUAUCACACAUUAGCAACACCUUCCCAAUAUUGAGAUGCACCCUGCCUUUUGCCCUCAGAACAGACUCAAUUCGUCAGGGCAUAGACUCUACAAGGUGUUGCAAGUGUUCAAUGGGGAUGCUGGCUCAUGUUGACUAAAAUGCUUCCCACACUUGUCAAGUUGGCCGGAUGUCCAUUGGGUGGUAGGCCAUUCUUGAUACACACAGGAAACUGAGUUUGAAAACCCCAGCAGGGUUAUAGUUCUUGACACAAACCAGUGCUCCUGGCACCUACCAUCAUACCCAGUUCAAAGGCACUUAAAUCUUUUGUCUUGCCCGUUCACCAUUUGAAUCGCACACACAAUCUGUCACAAUUGUCCCCAGGCUUAAAACUUCUUUAACCCGUCUCCUCCCCUUCAUCUACACUGAUUGAAGUGGAUUUAACAAGUGACAUCAAUAAGGGAUCAUAGUUCCUUGGAUUUCUGCUCUGGCAUGCACUGUCAACUGUGGGACCAUGUAUACACAGCUAAAUCAUGUCCAAACAAUUGAAUUGGCCACAGACUCCAAGUUGUAAUGACAUCUCAAGGACGAUCAAAGGAAAUUGGAUGCACCUGAGCUCAAUUUGGAGUGUCAGUAUGAAUACUUAUAUAAAUUAGAUUUCUGUAUUUGAUUUUCAAUAAAUAUGCAACAUUUUCUAAAAACAUGUUUUCACUUUGUCGUAACGGGUUAUUGUGUGUAGAUAGAUGGGUGAGAUCUGUUUUUGAAUUAAAGCUGUAACUCAACAUGUGGAAUAAGUCAAGGGGUCUGAAUACUUCAAGGCACUGUAUAGAUUUAGCUUUCCAUGUUACUACAAACUUGUCAAUAUGAAGUGGUUAACAAAAGGAAACAUUGGGGAGACUAAUGCAUGUCCAGGUUAACAUUUUGGCAUCAACUAUUUCCUUUGUGCAAUUAUCUAAGUAUCUGUUAAGGAUUUAAAUGAGUCCUGUCCAGAUGCACUGAACUCAAACAGUGUUGGAGAUCAAGCUGUAUAGGAUGCUGUCCCCUUGGCAUUAUUACAGUCUGUGUUACAGGGGUCAGGCCAGCUUCACAUUCUAACCUGAAACUGAUUCAUGUCAUCAAUGAAAAAAUGUCAUGUUGGUUGUAUGGAUGGGUCACAUGAUGGUACAGUCAGGAUGUGUUGUAUGGAUGGGUCACAUGAUGGUACAGUCAGGAUGUGUUGUAUGGAUGGGUCACAUGAUGGUACAGUCAGGAUGUGUUGGAUGGAUGGGUCACAUGAUGGUACAGUCAGGAUGUGUUGUAUGGAUGGGUCACAUGAUGGUACAGUCAGGAUGUGUUGUAUGGAUGGGUCACAUGAUGGUUGUACAGUCAGGAUGUGUUGUAUGGAUGGGUCACAUGAUGGUACAGUCAGGAUGUGUUGUAUGGAUGGGUCACAUGAUGGUACAGUCAGGAUGUGUUGUAUGGAUGGGUCACAUGAUGGUUGUACAGUCAGGAUGUGUUGUAUGUACAGUCAGGAUGUGUUGUAUGGAUGGGGCGUACAUACAUCACAUGUUAGUCAUGAUGUGUUGCGAUGUUGAGAAAAAGUGUCUGCAAAACUGCCUGCAUUAACCCAUUAAAAAUGUUUUACAGCA